AUGGACGUCCCAGGUGGCGCGAACGCAGCCACGGGACAUGACGCAGGCUCGCGGAGGGAGCGGUCCUGGCUCUAUCCAUCGAAUCGCAAACUCAGGCAUCUGGAUGGGAUUUCCGUGCGCAACCUCGUGGUCCAACCCUCUUCGUCUCGAGCGCGCGGUAAGACGAUUGAUGACGACGAUAUUCCCAACACGCUCAAUUCGCCUUCAAAAAUCCUGGCUCAGAAUGACACUCGCAUCUUACAUAGCUCGCGCUCGUUCACAAAUCUCAACUCGCGCUUGGGUCAGAAUGGCCAUGCAGAGAAGAGAUCCGAAACGGGCGAGUCGCGCCGUCGCAGCUUGUUGCUGCCUUGGAACGACCCCGACCCCCGAACCCGUCAGAUCAGACUGGAGGAUAUCACAAAGGCCCGAAUGGCAGAUACAUUCUUUUCCAUACAUUGUGAUGAUCUCGAUGAACCGAUCUACAUUAGUGAAAUAAUCAAACAAGCGACCAAUCCGAGCUUCCAGUCGUUUGAUCUAAACCUUUGUGGGCCCAUUGUCACGCGUCGGGAUACGUUGACUCUGAAGCUCUGGGCGAAGACAGAAACCAUGCAGGAGUAUGUUUUGCUAGUUGAACUACAACAACAUCUACGCUCAUUGCAGUUUUUGGGCAAAACGCUUGAAAGCUUUCACCAACCGCUUCCCGCAAACUGCAUUUUGUUCCAUUUAUCAGAUGGUGUUUACACGAAUCUGACCGAUCUCCCACCCGUGGAGCCACCGAUUGAUGUUGCCAGCUAUCAGGCCACUGCAGACAUGGCUGUAGUCUCUACCUCUUCUUACGACGCAUUGAUGCGAUUGGCAAAUCUGGACGAGUGCAUCCAAGAUGCCUUGGCGACACGAGAGAAGUUAGAGACACAAAUUGGCGACAUUCUCAAGAAAAGCGAGGCUGCAUUGACCCUAGAAAGCAACGCUGCCAAGGCGCAGGAUCGCCUUAUCUCAAUCAAACAAGCCAUCGCCGCUGAGCGCAAGCAAAUUCGAGCCGCGGCGAAGCGCAAGGAAGAGCUUAUCGCAAGUAUAAAGGCUCGAAAAGACGCCAUGGAGAAGGGACGCAUGGCGCAAGAAAAAGCUCGAAGCCACCUUCCAGAUGCCCAGGACAAACUGUUGAGCAGUGAGCAUUUGCUCAAUCAAAAUGGAGAAGAAAGCAAAGGCCAGAUCCGACGCAUUGCGGAGGAUCUCAUGGUGAUCUACCCAAUUGAACCUAUCCCUGACAAGGCAUUGGCAUUUACCAUUGUUGGGCUGCCACUUCCCAACUCUGUUUUUGAAAGCAUCGACCGCGAAGAAGUUGCUGCGGCUCUCGGCCAUACUGCACAUCUCGUCUACUUGCUUUCGUUUUAUCUCUCGGUGCCAAUUCCCUAUCCGAUCAGCCCAAACCUCUCAACUUCCUUAAUUCAAGACCCAGUAUCCCAGGAUCUUCCACAACGCACAUAUCCUCUGUAUCCAGUCAGUGUCCAUUAUCGAUUUGAGUACGGCGUCUUCCUUCUCAAUAAAAAUAUCGAAUUCCUGCUCAACAAACAGGGAAUUCGUGGACUGGACAUCCGACACACUCUCCCCAACCUCAAAUAUCUUCUCUAUAUCUUGACUGCUGGCACACCAGAUAUCCCUGCCCGCAAAGCUGGAGGUAUUCGGGGAUUGUUUGCUGGAAGGCUUACACCGACCUUAUCUCGCCGCGGCAGUACAGACAGCGCUGCUUCCGGUGAAUUGGUCCAACCACGAAAGGCGAUAGACAUGGUAUCUCGGAUGAGUGGGCUUUCCUUGGACGGAACCAAAAUAUCGCCAGGAGCUUUUGGUCCGCCGCUGUCAUCUAGAGUGGCAUAG